AUGAACGAUGAAAAGAAUAGAUGGUUCUAUGCUGACAGGAUGGACAAGGUGGAUAAAUACGUGUUGGUCACAUACGAGAAUGGAGACGGAAGAGUAAAGUCGUCUCUCAAAGACGGAAGCGAAAAGUUGUUGGCGCAGUUAAAGAUGCUUAAAGCACAAGACAUGUCAAAUCCAGCGGCUGCUUUCGCAACAGCGUUAGAAAUACUCGAUGCUUACAGAAUAUCAAUGGACAUGGAUACAAUUUGCAGAGGGAGAUACCCAGCACCAGUAAAUAACUCGUUGAUACUAUGGUUUACGGAUGGCGGAGAUUGUACGGAUGUCGAAGAGUUACGCGAUAGGAUUGUACGAGAAAAGUUAAAGAAUAUCGAACUCAAUACUCCUGGGAUGCACAUCUAUAACGAACCUUUCAGGUGGGAUCAGAAAUUAUACACUUUCAUACUGGAAUCAGACGAAUCUCCCACGUCUGCAUAUAUACAAGAAUUCACAGAGAAUGUUAGAGGCAAGCUGCAUAAAAUAUACGACAGUCGAAUGAUGGUACAGCAAAUUGCAUCAAUGGUGGAAACUGACAGAACGGACAGGACGAAACCGAGAGGCGAUAGACUAUUCACAAGUGAAAGCGUACUCGUUAAUUUCCAAGAAAUGCGAGGGGGAAUAACGACUCCAAACGAUAAAAAUCACAGGAAAUUUCUCUUUGUGGAGAAAAAUGGCCUACCAGGGGAGGUUCCGUACAGAAUUGCAGACAAUGCCUGGUGUAUUCCGGAAGAUUACUGGAUUCCACGCGAGUCUCUUGGCUCUAUAAGAAUGUCGUACAAGAAGCGUAACUAUUUACCAACUAUAUUCUACGAAGCUUGUGAUCGUCGUUUUCAUAUACCCCAAGGAAUAGUCUAUGAACAAUUUCGCGUGGAAAAGUGUGAGAUGACCAUGGAGUUGAUGAGAAAUGGCAUAGGAACACAAUGGCCUGUAUAUAUCAAGGACAGCGGCGGCGAUAACAGGAGGGCGUUUGGUGAACCGUUUGGAUUUUUGGCCGCGUCAGAAAACCGAGUUUAUUUGGUUGUGUUGCCAUAUAACUACCCUGCUUUGUUUGGUCUGUUGGAAAAGUUUAAUUCUUUACCUUACAUAGACGUCAACAGGAUGUCACCCGAGUGGGUCAAGUCGAUGAAGAAUUACAUGGAAUCGAUCCCAUGGUAUUAUCAUGAGCGCUUAAGAAACAAUAUGCCAUCGUAUGCGCAGCUCAUUCAAGCGUUUAGUCCACUGGGUAUACGUACAGACGAAUUGGACGCGUAUAUAGCAGAACUUAAAAAAAAUGCAAAUGACUGGCUCGAGCGCUUAGAUAUUCGUGUCAAGGCUGCAGCGUUGGCUCCUGUAUCUGCUGAAAAGAAAAUAUCUCUAUACGAAGACCCUUCUAAUGUUCCGCGUAGUUUACUUGUCAAUACUAUGACACAAUUGAAGCGGGCAUUUCUCAAAGAGAUGGGAGUUCAAGGCGUAAAUGGAACCAUUGGAAGAAACAAAGUUAAUGACACGUCAGAUGAAGAUACGCGUCAUUCCUUGCCUGUCUCUCAAAUGGGUGAAUACCAUGCUGCAAUGCAAAAACAACUCGCAUCGAUGUUAAGGAACCCAUAUGAGUUCGAUGACAUGGACAGAAAACGAGCACGUCGAUACCCUAUGUACAGAAAUAAUACAAAUGAAGGAAUUUCGAUAGAUGAAGCGGGUGAAGCUUCUCCAAACAUACGAGUAUCAAAUGAAGCAGAAACUCCCAACACAUCUUUAUCCUCAAAUGGACUUGCGCCAUCAACGCCUCCAAGAAAAUGGCGUCACAUAGAGCCACAAUAUGUACACCACCAAGUGAGGUUUGAAGGAAUACUAGAAGCUGGAAUCCCACCUUUAUUGAUUAGCCUCCGACGGGAGAAAGUACCAGUGGCUAAGAAAGGCCAAAGAAGAAAUUUGAUGCUAGAGGCUCGAUCGUCCACAACCAUUGCUGCAUCAGAAUCUCAGUCAUUAACGCUAAAGAAUCCAUCGUUAGAUGGAAUAAUGGAGUUACCAGGAGCUCAAUUGCCCGUCUCUAUCCCGGCAAUGGAAUCUCUAUCAUUGCAUGUGCCAUGGGACGGAAGAAUGGAGUCAAAAGAAUCGGAUAAUGAUAACAAUGAGUCGCAUGGAAUACUUUCUGGCCCCGCAAACGUAGGGCCUGUAGUAGCAUCUGUGCAGGAUAAUGGUGAAAGUAGCAGUCAGUUGAUACCAGUGGUGGCUCCUAACGGCGUUGACAAAAUCAACAACACCAUUAAUGCGACAGUUCACCAACAAGAGGCGAAAGUUAAAGACAAGACGAUUGAGGCAGCGAACAGAAUCUUUGAAGAUGGAGAGAUACCUACUGGCGCGGAUGUUGAUUCAGAAAUGGUGUUGUACAAUGUCAACGGAAACGCAAUCAAUAUAGAAGGUGUCGAAGCCAUUGAUCAAAAUUCAAAAGAGGACUCUUCCAUCUCGGUCGAUAGCAUAUCGGGAUUGUUACUCGACUCCAAGAGAAAACUAAUGGAAAUAAUCAAAUCCGACCGAACAGAUGACAGUAUCGAGCAGAUAUCUGAUAUUAUACGAGAUUUAGAAAGUUCGAAUAAUUAUACUAAGGAACAAGUGGCCGCGUUCAUACGAUCUUUACGAAUUCUAGCACUUGGUUCGGGAAGGAAAGAUGUGGUACGACAAUUGCAAACGCUAUUGGAUAAAUCAUAUAGCAACACUCACAAGAGGACAAUUCCCGUAUCGGAUUCCAUGAGCAGCGCUGACCGCUAUCUUUAUAAUGAUGAAAAUUCUUACCAACCGGUCCUGCCAGCAGUGAACUGGUUAAUAGAAGAGAUAAAGAAAGAAGAUUAUGAUGAGAACAAUAUCAAAAAUAAGCUUUUAGAAGUCGAAGAGGAAAGUAAAUAUUCACAAGAACAAAAGAAAUCACUUGUAAUAAUGGCAUUGCGUAUCGCAACAGGGUCGUCCAAGAGUCAGCUUAGACUAUGGUUGCAAGACAUGCGGCAGAGACUAGAAGGAAGUUGA